CAUACCCUCAUAUAUUCUCUUUUGUUUUGACUUCUAGAAAACUCAGAUUCAAGUUAAACCUGCAUUCUGGGUUCUUGACACGUAAACCCUCAGUGAAUAUACUUAAGUUUCCUUGAAGCUGACUCAGGUCAUCUCACUCCCCUGCCUCCCACCCUCAGAUUUUGAAUAUUUGAACUCUCCAUCAAAAUGUCAAAUAACAUAAAAUCAGUAGAACAUUCAUUUAAAAUACAUCAGAAAAACGACCUAGAACAUGUAUCUGAUAGAGUAUUUUUCAUUGAUGCUUCUAAUCGGAGCUUGGCUACCAUUCCAUCGGAGAUCUUAGAAUUAACAGAAUUAGAAGAAGUGCAUCUGGAAAAUAACCAGAUUGAAGAAAUCCCCCAGGAUAUUCAGCAUUUAAAGAAUGUCAGGAUCCUGUACCUGAACAAGAACAAGCUAAGGAAGCUGUCCCCUGAGCUGGGGAAGCUGAACAACCUGGAGGGCUUGGACCUGAGCCACAAUCCCCUCCUGCCGUCGUCCCUUGCUGUCCUCGGCUGCAUUCGCAAGCUGCGGGAGCUCCGCCUCUACGGCACUGCCCUGGGGGAGAUUCCCGUCGUCAUUUGUGAAUUCCUCCACCAUCUCGAGCUGCUCGGACUGACCAGAAACCACCUGAAAUCUCUGCCCAAGGAAACAGUGAACCAGACCAAGCUGAGAGAGAUCUACCUGAAGGAAAAUCAAUUUGAAGUUUUCCCUCUGGAACUCUGCGUUCUGUACAACCUGGAGAUCAUUGACCUGGAUAAGAACAAACUAACGGUCAUUCCAGAAGAGAUUGGGAACCUGACGAAACUGCAGAAGUUCUAUGUGUCUUAUAACAACCUGCCCUUUCUACCCGAGUCGUUGGCCCAGUGUAGCAAACUCUCGGUGCUGGAUUUAUCCCACAACCGCCUGCACUCCCUCCCACAUACCCUCGCUGAGCUUGCGGAGAUGACCGAGAUCGGGCUGAGUGGGAACCACCUGGAGAAGGUGCCGCGCCUCAUCUGCAAGUGGACCUCACUGCACCUGCUCUACCUGCACGACACCAACCUGAGGACACUGUGGCACUCCUUCAGGCAGCUGGUCAACUUACGCUUUUUGGAUCUCAGCCAGAACUAUCUGGAAAUCUGCCCUUUACAGAUCUGUGCACUGAAGAACCUGGAAAUGCUGGCGCUGGAUGAUAACAAAAUACGGCAGUUACCUCCAGAGUUUGGCUCACUUUCAAAACUGAAGAUGCUUGGACUAACAGGAAACCAGUUCUCUUCAUUUCCAGAAGAAAUCCUUCCUUUACAGACUUUAGAGAAAUUAUACAUUGGGCAAGAUCAGGGAGCCAAGUUCACCUAUCUGCCAGAAGACAUUAGUAAACUACAGAGUCUUAAGGAGCUGUACGUAGAGAACAAUCACCUAGAGCACCUGCCUGUAUCCUUAGGAUCAAUGCCUAAUCUGGAAAUUCUUGACUGUCGCCACAAUCUGCUUAAGCAACUUCCAGAGAGCAUUUGCCAAGCACGAGCUUUGAAAGAAUUACUGCUUGAGGACAACUUAAUUACCCAUCUUCCAGAGAAUUUGGAUUCUCUAGUGCAUCUAAAGGUCUUGACACUGAUGAACAACCCUAUGGAAGAGCCCAACAUAGAAGUGUGUGCUGAAGGAAAUGACGCCAUAUGGAUAUACCUUAAGGAAAAAAGAAAUAUGAAAACAAUGGCAACAAAGAUUCAGGCAUGGUGGCGUGGAAUAAUGGUACGGAGAGGACUGGGGAAAUGUGAAGAACUGCCAAAAUUAUCAAAAAAAGAAAAGAAUUCUCCUAAAGAUAAGAAAGGAAACAAGGAUGUAAAAAGAAAACCUGUUAAGGGAAAUAAAUAAAUCCAUAAAUUAAUGAAUUGACAUAAUGAACCCUGAUAAGAAGGUAAAAUAUCCAGGAAUUAGAUGCCUACCAUGCUAAAAUUACUCACAGAAUUAUGGUUAUGGAUAAAA